GUCAUAGUUAACCUUCCUCACAGUCUCUCCCUUCCUCUCUCCAGUCGUCUGCUCUCUUGGAGCUAUCCAUGGUGCUAGAGAGAGAGAGAGAGAAUGAAAGAAAGAGAGAGAUAAAGGGAGAGAAAGAAAGAAAGAAAUAAAAGUGGUAGAGACAGAGAGGUAAUAGAAGAGAGGGUGGUAAGGUUAAAUUUGCUUUGGCAGUGAAAAGAAGGUAAAGGAUUGCCAUUGUCUCGUGUAAUGGCUGUAAUCUGCUGCAUCUCUGGAGAAAGUGAGAGAAGAGGUAAACGAAUACAGAGAAAGAGAGAGAGAAGGAGUCAUAGAGCACACACAGAAGGGAGAUAAAGAAUAAAGGAAUGACAGGAGAGAGAUAUAGUAAAUGUAUAGAAAAGAGAGAGAGGGACUAUACCAGUAGAAAGAGAGAUAAGAAGAUGUGUGUGGAGAAAGAGAUUCACAAAUUCACAAGUGUUAAUUCCUUUGGCAAUAGUGUAUUCCAUUAUCUCAUAUGUAUCUCUCAUGCCAAUAUUGUCCUACUAGCCUAAACUGAACUGAAAGAGAGGGAUAUUGAGAGAAAAGAGAGAGGUAGAUACAUCAUAGAACAUAGAGAUCUACAGAACAUAGAGAGAGAGAGAGCUGCAGUUGAUACAGUAUAUACAGAGAGAGUUUAUAUGUAAAGAGAGAAGGAAGAGUAGAGCAUAGAGAGAGAGAGAGAGAUGCAGAGUCUGUUCUCUCUGCUGGCUGCUUCUGCUUAUGCAGCGCUACUGCAUGUGUGAGACCUUCACUGGGGUGUGUGUGAGCGUGUCAGCAGCAGCAGCAGCCACUAGAGUGAGUGUGUGUGUGGGUGAGCGUGAGAGUGUGCGUGACGAAAGCAGUGGCAUCAGGAACGGAAGAAUCGGAGCAAUCAGAGCAUCAGCAGGAGAUACACUGCAGCCAGCCAGCACACUGACUACACACACAUGCGCACACGCAUGCCUCCACCGAUGAGUGUGUGUGUGUAUAGAGAACGCGAGCAGAUGUGGGUGAAGCUGGAGAGAGGUGUGGAUCUUUCCGGGGCUGAGUGGUGAGUGGAGGGGGAGGCGGCCCUCCAGCAGCCCAGCUAAAGACUCUGUAGGUGGGGUGAAGACGGGCCCACACCUGCCUGCUCUGGAGGAAGACUCUGGAGAACAUUCAGGAGAUAAAUUAGGAAGAGAAAGCUGCUAUGUUUUUUUUGUAUGCUAUGUUUUCAGCACAAAGGGACACCAAAGAUGGACAUCCUCCUCCCACCAGUCAUCCUCCUCUUCCUCACGACAGUGUGUGUGGUGCCUCUGGGCUGCGUAGUCAUCGACAGGCUUGCCUCUCAGCUGUGUGUGUGAGCGCAAGUGUGUACAUGGAGGAGGAUCUUGCCGUAUGGUGUUGAGUGUUAAGGACAGCAAACACACUCACAUACACCUUAUUAACAGCAGACUCGAGCAGGAAGGGUGCCUUAGAAAUCGAAGCGCAGCGAUCUCUCUCGGCCGGCAGUGCUGAAGGAUGGGCGGCAGUGAGGAUGAGUGUGUACGGUUUCUGCAGUACGUUGAGGACAGUGGUUUAAGGGCCUACGAUGAGCUGGUGAUUCAGAACGCCUCAGACAUCGCCCGCGAGAGUGACCGCGUCCGCAACCACACACACUGGGCUUAUCUGCAGGAGCAGAGCCAGAAGAAGAGGCGUCAGGACGAGGCCAUCAAAAGGAUGGGUGAGGACGUGGGAAGCAUGGCUGAUGGUGGGGCGUAUGCAGGUAAACAUUUCCGUAUGGGUUUUAUGACCAUGCCUGCACCGCUGGACCGCCUCCCGCCCCCGAGUGGGCCAGGCUUCACCGUGCGCUCCCAGUCUCUGCACUCGGUGGGAGGGGGUGAGGAGGAAGGAGGCGGCAGCCCCACCUUACGCAAACAGCCCCCGCCAAAACCCAAACGAGACCCCAACACCAAACUCAGCACCUCCUCCGAAACCGUCAACGCCACCCUCUCCACGGGGAAGGGCGGGAAGGAGACGGACAAGAGUGACGCAUCCAAGAGUCGGCCAUGCAGUGAGGAGUAUCGCCGCAUGCCUCCUCCAAAACCCAAGCGUAACCCCAACACUCAGCUCAGCACCUCUUUCGACGAGUCCUACAUCCGAAACCACGGCACCAAGUUCAAGUCUGCCUCCUUGCCUCGAAGGCAGAAGAAGAAGUCAGCGUCGCAAAAUCAAAGCCCCGCCCUGGACACUGACGAGGAGGCAGAGCCUGUAUACAUAGAGAUGGUAGGGAACAUUUUGCGUGAUUUUAACCAAAUUACCGGGGGUCAUGCAGAUGAGGAGGACAAUCAAGAUGAAAGCGUGUAUGAGGAGAUGAAAUACCCCAUGUAUGAUGAAGUAGCCCCACCCGCUGACCAAGCCCAGUCACGCUGGGAGCCGUGCCCCACAUCGGCAGUUCCUGACGUAGAGCUUACUCGACUGUCGACGCCCCGGGGCUCACUUUGUGACAUCCCUGCUCCUUUUCCCAACUUGCUGACACAUAGGCCCCCCCUGUUGGUGUUCCCCCCUGCCCCGGCUCAGUGCUCCCCAAAUUCAGAUGAAUCCCCCCUCACCCCACUCGAUGUCACCAAACUUCCCAUGAUAGAAAAUGUUGGCUACGUCAAACCUGGCUCCUCUCCGACAGCAGGGGACCCCGGACAGCCCGUGCCAGAACAGCCAAAACCUUCAGGGCACCACCACCAUCACCACCACCACCACCACAAGAAGUCUUCGGACAGCAAGGAAGGUUCAUCCACCCACACGAUCACGGUGUCCGGACGUUCCUCAGCCCCUCCCCUUCCGUCGGCAUUGUACAAGAGCGGUGGCUCCUCUGCCGCUCACGGAUACCCCAGAAGCCACUCUGCCUGCCCGUCACCCGUCAGCAUGGGGCGUGCUCUGACCCCUCUCAGCCUGAAGCGGCCGCCGCCGUACGACGCCCUGCUGACCGGCACCAUUCCCCGCAGUGCCUCCGGAGUCCCUCACGGAUCCCGUGAGAGCGGCCGCCUCUCAAACUCCUCCAGCAUCCACGGCGGAUCCAUGCAGAACGUUUCCACUGCGUCAGGUGGGUCAGGGGGGUCCAGUUCAGGUGGGUCGGGAGGCCGAGGGUGCCGAACACCAACCAGUCCACUCGAUGAGCUCAGCAACUUGUUUAGCUCUGGAAAGAACAUGCUAAGGAAAGGUUCUGGAGGACGCAAGAGCAAGGAGCUGUGUGAAAUUGAGGGGAAGGCCAGGAGUCACAGUACUGACAGUAAGGAUCGGGCUCUUCGCAGCGCCUCUCCUAAAUUGCAGGAAUGGGACACGCCCUCAGGACAAUCUGCCACACCCACGCGCCUGGGCCGCUCCUCCAUCAGUCCAACCACCAUGCUGGGGGGCGGAUCAUCAGAACCGAAAGCUGCCUGUAAGCUGGGACGUUCUGCCUCCACAUCAGGAGUACCAUCACCAGUAGGAACCCCCCAGAGACACGCCCCCGAACCCAGUCAGAGGGGGAGUCCUUGCCAGAUGCCCCCCUUUCCAUGGGCAUGUGGGGACCACACCAUGAUGGAGAUGAUUGAGAAGAAACGGCAUCUGUGCAAGGAGAUUAAAUCUCGGCAGAAACCUCCAGACAAGGCCCUCUGCAAGCAGGACAGCAUGCCCAUCCUGCCCAGCUGGAAGAAGACCAACGGGGGCAAAAAAUACGGCCCCCCGCCCUAUUCCACCCAGACCACUGUCUUCUGGGACACGGCCAUCUAACAGGAGGUGCAUGUGCCCCAGUCUGAUUAAGACACAGGAACAUACACACAGGCUCCUGUGUGGGUUCCUGUACGGGUUCCUGUGUGGGUGUGGUUAAACUAAGGCUGGCAGCCAAAAGGAAAGAAGGGAAAGGAAGGGAAGGAACUUCUGUAGCAAAUUAAUUUCAAUUUAAAUCUGAGGGAUUCAGUCUCCUUGGUUUCUUAUCACUGUUUAUAUUUAAUAUUUUUAUAUUGAAAAUUGUCUUAAUAUUAAAUAUACUUAUAGUAAUUAGAGAUUUUAUAUAGAGAAGAACUCUCCGAAAAGAGUCGACAUCUCGCAGUGGAAACUGUAGAAGUUUAGCCAUGAGACGAAAUCUUGCGUUAAAAUAUAUUUAUUUCUUUUCUGUUUUUUUUUUUUAUUAUUAUUUUCAUCGUUUUCUAUGUUGCAUUGACACUCAUUUGUGUUGGGUGGGGGAAAUAUAUAUAUAUAUAGACAUACAGUAUAUAUAUAUAUAUAUAUAUAUAUAUAUAGUAUAACAGAAUAAUGUGAGAAUUUAAUUGAAUAUUGCCACAGUUUUUUAUAUACGUGUUGUCAAAAGAAUGUUAAAAGAUGGUUUUUAUUUCAUAUGGUGAUUUAAGAAAAGCACUAUUUUAAGAAAAGGAGUCUAUUUUGGCAUCUUGAACUUGGAUGUUGAAUCAGAUUGAUAUGGUAGUAGAUCGUGGUUGAGGUCUUGUCGUGUGAAUUUGAGGUGCUGAUCUCUUCAGAAACAUGGAGGAUGCCAUCCACCACUUACAGCCUGAUUUCUCUGGUGCUGAUCAACUUUUUCUCGAGUGUCCCCACCAUAAGGACUACAUCAACACAGUCAACAUACGUACAAGUUCUGUGACCUUUAAAGCCAAGAUGAUAAAUGGAGGAUAUUAAAGAGACACUAAUAAGGAGACUAGACACUGGAUGAAAUGUAAUUGGGAGGUUUGUUACGCUCAGCAUGGCAUCUGAGCCUCCAGCUUGCUGGCUACACUGCAAGUGGCUGAUGGGCGGCAUGCUAGUGGGGAAAGCCCCCCAAUGUGGAGAUCUGCACAAGCGCAGUAGCCAGAACAAGCCAAAAAACAUGUUUUUUUUGUUUUUUGCAUUAUUGUGUUGAAAGCUACAAACAUUUCAUAAUGUUUGAAUUAUGUUUUUGAAAUGUAUGUUUAUCAGACAUGCAGUUUACAGUAUUUUGGUCUCCCCCAUUCAGUGUGAAAUGUGAGGCUGGUCUCAUAUGAUUUGAAAUGGCUGCCAAGUAAAAGACUAAAUUAAACAUUAGACAUGGACUAAAUUUAAUUGAUUAAAGGCAGUGAGUGAUGCUUAGUGGCAGGUCUUGCUGGUUACAGCAGAUCAUCAUGUUUUGGGAUCAUCAUCCCUUUGUACUGAGAGAAUACUCAGUAUUGAGCAUAUUCAUAUUUAUCAUUUUGUUCAUAAGCCAAUCACAACAAGUGGUUAGUUUACCCAAAUAUCCUAAAGCGCACAUUUUUUUGAUAGUGUUACUGUAGCCUUGGUGGGCACUCACCUACUCAAGCAACAACUACCAACUCAACAGGUUUACAUAGUGUAGCACACAGAAGACACUUACGUAGAUUGACCAAGAAAUAAGUCAUAUUUUCUGUGAACAUUUGCACAGUGCAUGCGUUACAUUAAAGUGGAAACGUUUUAGAUCAGCCGGGCGUACUCUACAGACCCUACAAAGUUUACCGUGUCUGAACCUGAAGUUUUCUACAAUCACUAUGGAAGAGCCAUAUUUUUCCGUGUCUAGCCACAGCUGGACAGUGGAUUUAAACUGGAAGCGUGACCUUAUUUGCUUUCCUAAUGUAUAUAUACAUGCAGGAAUCAGACAAAGCAGCAAGCAGAGAGAGGGAUCGUAAAAAUGCCUGAGUUAAGCGCAUGCCUUGAUAGAGUCAAUUUUAGUUAGAGUUUAUCAGAUUCAGAUCGAAUCAGAUUCUGGAUUAAAGCAGUUGUGUGCUGAUUUGAUUUCGAAUCAGAUGGAGUUAUAUAGUGUGGAUGUCAGUUGUUCUUUGUGAUGUACAGAGUUCCGAUUGUUUUCUGUCACUGAUAGGUGCAAAUAGUGAAUCAGCAGUCGUGGAAUCAGGUGGUUGUGUCAUUUAGCCUUUGUUUACUGACUAUUGUAGUAAUUUAACAAAUAUUGAUUGGCUGGCAUCACCGUCAGCCGUCAGAGGGACCAAUCCGCAUCUUUCACGUCUGCCCGUUAAUAAGGGCAGCACCUUCACGAGCUUGUAAACGUAGGAAUGGCGUCAUGCUGUGUGGUGUUCACUAAUUAUAAUGGAGACACUGUGCUAUCUAGUCCUUUGCACUGUUGAGGGCAGAACUUUGUGAUGUCAUGAUAAACGUGUGUUCAGUGAUUGCUCAGGUGUGACUAGCCACACCCCCAAAGAUGGGGCCCUCCCCCAUUACCCCGGUAAUGGCCCACUCCGACAGCCCACCUCUCUGUCAUUUUAACAUUCACACAGACACACACACACACACAAAAUUACACACAAACACACACACACAAACACUAUAGCUGACAUCCAUGCAAAAAGUUGCCUUGGAGACCUGGGUUCACUGUGACUAAAAGUGGUGGAGACUUUGGGGAGGGGAGGGGGCUAAAAGGUCAAAGAUGAAUUGUGCUGUAACUGGUUUGUGUUGUGCUACAGAUUACAGAUAAAAAAACUCAACAGAUCGCAGAAGAUAUCAUAGAAAACAGACAGGCAGUGAGCUUGCAGUAUCCUAACAAAAGAACAACUUGAGUUGAAUUAGAUGGAGAAUGGACCUCCCAACUCACAAUUUUUGGUUGUUAGAAAGUUUUCUGAAUUUUACAUUUGACAUUCAAUCUGUAAAGGUUUCUAGAUGUUCUGAGAAUAUUUCUAUUUAAUGUAGUAGCAUUAUGUAGAGCUAGUGGGCAGUAUGGAUCUCAUUAGGCAUUCAGUGUCUAGUAUCUCCUACAGCAUUGUGUUAAUGUUAAUGUAAAUGAACUCGGAUGUCAGAUUUUCCAAGUUCCAGGCAGUUAAUUUUAACUGGAAUGCCCCCAAGCUGGAUUUCCUACUCAGAAAUCAGAAGCACAGACAUUAUUUAUUUUAAAGUAUUUUAGAGCCAAAUCAACAAACAACAAACUAAUAAUGAGUUGUUUUCUUUUUCUUUUUGUUUUUUUGUUUUUCUUUGUAUGGUUACUGUUGUUGAAAUUGUAAUUAGAUCUUUAUUACAUUGGUCUCUCCUCAUUUAAACAGAUGAUAGGAGGCUGGUCUUAAAUCGGUGAAUAUAACUGCAUAGUAGCAUUACAAAGAUGGCCGCCAGCCAAGUGAACUGACCUGCCUAUGAAGAGCUUCUCCAACCUCAAGUUCUAAAUCCCCUGCACUUUAACAGUAGUAAAAGCAGGAGUGUUAUACAGUUCCAUGUCUAACUUCUAUCUGUGGACAUGUUUAUAUGAUGUUUAGAUCUCUAACAAUGCUGGAUGUAUUUCGGCUAAAUUAACUUGACCAGUUGUCCUAAACUCAAAAGUUGUAUUUUUCUAAAAUGUUUUUGUGUUUUAAAGUUUAAUAUGAGCUUUGACAUUCGACUAAAACUCACAUGGGGAAAAAAAACCUGAACCACCUUGACUUAACAAAUCCCUGGUUUACUCAAGAUCCAAACACAUGCUGCCCACAUUUAGCACAGCACCCAUGCCUGUACAGUCUCUCAGUGCUCUCAGUGCCAUAGAAAACUGUUAAUUAACUAAAGAAGGUCAAAUGGAUACUUGAGGAGCUUGUAGUUUAGAAAGCAUGGAGUGAACACAGAGUGAUGCCGCUCUCUGGCUCAUUUUUGCGAGUGCUAUAGUAAUUGAGCAGUACAUGCUUCACCCACAACUUUUAUAUAGAUUCUGUGGUGUAAUUUUGUUAAAAUAGAACCCCAAAUCUAAAGACGUUGGAAAACUCAAUGUUUCUUACAUAUACUUUGACUUUUAUUUUAUUGCAGACAGUCUGAACCCAAGAUAUUGCAGGUUUUAUCUGCUCAGUUUAACAAAAUUUAUUAAUGAACAUCCAGUCUUGUAACACAUUCCAAAAAAUAUGGGACAGGGCUGGAAAUGCGUUAAAAACGUAAUAAUGAGGAUUUAAAACAGGUGACUGUAAACAUGAUUUGGUUCAAAAGCUGUAUCCAUGAAAAGACGUCUCUGUUUUUUAACAUUGUUUUCAAACAUUUCAAUUAUUUUCUCACACAUUUGUUACAAGCUGGAGAUUCUCUGCUCAUCUUUACUUUAAGAAUGAGUGCAAGGGAUUUGCUUAUUUCUCCCUCUAUAGCCCAUAAUAUCAUUACAUCAUUCAAGGAAUGGGGAGGAAUUUCAGUGUGUAAAACGCAAGAGCACAAGCCUAAGCUGAACCCCCCUAUCUCCAAUCCUUCAGAGAAUAACUAUAUUCAAUAAUACCACUUAUACUUUUACUGUACAGAACAGAAGCUCCGCCCACUCCUCUAAUGGGCUCAGAUGAACUUGGGAUAAUAAACCGUCUCACAGUGAAACACUGUGGAUUGUGGUCAGAAGAAUCAGUAUUCCGCAUCCACUUUGGAAGUAAUUGACAGCAUGUGCUUCUGACCAAAGAUAACAGGGACCAUCAAAACUAUCCAAGCAAAAAGUCUAAAAGCCAGCAUCUGCCUGGUAUAGAGGUGUGUCAGUACACUUAUGUGAUGCAGAAUUAAUGCAGAAAGGUACAUUAAGAUCUUGGAGCAACAUAUGCUGCUUUGAAGAUUACAUCUUUUACAGGGACGUCCACUGUUGAGGCAGAGGGUUUGGGUUCUAAUCUAUCUUCAAUAGAGAAUGUGUGGAGAAUUUCAAAUAAAAAUUGUACCGGCACCAACCCUGCACAUAUUUAGAUGUGUUUGCCUUAAAAAAAUGGAAUAAAAAAACACCUGAAACCCUUCAUUAGUUGGCAUGUAAUGCAAUGAAAUAUAUAUAUUUUAAAGUAAAAGUCAAAGUAAAUAUAAGAAACACUUUUUAUUAGCAUUUUCCAUACUGUCCCAAGUUUUUCUGAUUCAAGAUUAUGGUUUCAAAUUAUUUUUACAUUGUAGAUUAUGAUGCCUUGCCAUUGAGUCAUCUGUUUUUCUAAAAACUCUGAUUGUGCUCUCAUGCAGCCUGACUUCUCAAGGCAACAUGUUGUGACACUUUGUGUCCGUGUGCUUCAGACUCAUCAUAGAACGAUCUGCUAACUCGAGCUCCCACACAGUUAUAUCCACUGACGUUCUCCAACCUCACAGCAGUAGCUAUAGAAUAAUGCAUGACAGGUCAAUUUAUCCUGCCAUCAAAACACUAAAACAUCAGAACAAAAUCCAUUCAUUUGAUCAUUUGAAAAAGCUACCUGCAACAUUGAAACAAAAAAUGUGAAAAACAGUUUGUUACACAUUUUCUCACUGGAAAAAUGAUAUAAACGCACAAAAAAGGUAACCUUUUACACAUUAAGCACAUGCUUUGUGUCUGAGUAACAAAGUGUUUCGAGGACAUUGUACACUGUUUCAGCAUACAAGGAAAUACAAACACUGGGCUUUGAGAAGACUCACAGAUAACAUGCCCAUGUUAUAUCUGUAUAGGUAGCUCUUCUGAAAAAAAAACUGAAUAUUUUGUCCAUUGUUACAAAAAUUAGUACACCCCUUACAUUUCUGCUUAUAUUUUAUCCAGUUGGAACCUGUCCUGAAAUAAUCUUGACCAUCGUGCUGUAUUUCAGUUUCAGGGCGUUAGCUGUUUUCUUAUAGCCUAGGACAUCUUUGUAAAGAGCAACAAUCCUAUUUCUCACACCCUCAGAGAGUUCUUUGCCAUGAGGUGUCAUGUUGAGUAUCCAAUUGCCAGUAUCAGAGAAUUCAACCCAAAGCAACAAGUUUAACAGCCCUGCUCCCCAUCCACACCUGAGACUCUAAUGAGUCACAUGACACCAGCAAGGACAAUGACACAAUUGGGCACGAUUUGGACAUGUUCACUGUGACGUAUACUCACUUGUGUUGCCAGAUAUUUAGAAAUUCAUGUUUAGUUUUUUUUUAAUAAAAUGCUGUAUUUGCAGAAAUGGUAGAGGUGUACUCACUUUUGGGAGAUACUGUUUGGAUGUCAGAAAUGGGACUAGGAGGGGUAAACAUGGGCCUCCUGUGGGUUAUACACUGCACACGUAGAUUAUAGAAGGCUCUGAUAAUUGGAACCAUUUGGAAAGCACAACUCAGUGGCAGAAUGAACACAUACAAUACAGACCGUUACAGAGCCCACCUGCAGCCUGCCUAGCCCACCUACCACCCAUCUGAUCCCCACAAGAGUGUGCUGCUGCAGGUCAACCUAAAGAAAUCAUCUAGCUCUCUUACUGUCACUCUCAGCCCUGACAUACUGGUGUGUGUUCUCUGGCAUGUGUGCAUACAAGUGUGUGUCUUUGUGUGUGUGUGAGAGAGACAGAGUGCGUGUGUGAGUGUGUGUGUGUAAAUAUUCUAUUCUGUGGAAGCAUUCGUUGCACUGCGGGGGCUAUGACAUACGCACGGUGAUGUCACAGGUUGUGUCUUUUCUUGCACUGAGUGUGUUGCAGUCUUUAUUUUUUGGCAAAUGUCAAAAGAAGAGUGAAAAAAAGAGUAUGGUUAUUGUACCAUUGUUUCUCUUUUCAAUUAAAUUAUAAAUGAAAUAAAUGAAUAUGUUUUUUG